GCUGUGGCAGAUCUCUCUCUCGUGAGCCUCGGCUGCCUCGGUGGCCUCGGUCACGCGUGCGUCGAUUUCACGCUCAACACUAGGAUUGCUUAAUUUCGAACUCAAAGAUGCACAUAUUCGAUAUGAAAGAUUUCAAAGGUGUAUUAAAUAAGAGGUUUACGGAAUAAACUUAUUAGCCGAAUUCGAGACGUCUGGCUGACUUCUUUCCCUGCCUCUUCCACUUUUCGUUGUUUCAGUUUUUUUUUUACGCCCAGUCUCAGGUGUUUUAACAUAAUGGUACAUCACCGUGCUUGUUUACUGCCUUGCGUUUACCUUGGAACACUACGGAUAAAAACAACAAGGAGGCAACCACAGUGGAGGCAACAAACACUGAUCAGUGGCAACAAAGCAGUCAGCUAGCCAAAAGCCGUUGCCAAAAGCCAACCGACACCAGACGCCUCUCCGUCGCCUAGGCAACGAACGCUCCGAACGGGACCGACGAAACGGACCAAAUCGUUUCCAUCAAUGGAAAAGCAUGCGCCGGCGCAAGCCGGUGUGUCUUGCACGUGCUGAGUCACGCCAGCGACGCCGUUCUCUGGGUCCACUUCUAACAGGCGUUUUUUUUCUGAACGCUCGUCGGGGCUGUCGAGCGGGCCUUUGCCACUGCAGCACCAUCCUGGCUGUCGGACAGAUGGGCAAGAAAACGGCCGGCCGGUGCUCGGCCAGUUUCCAGAGUCUGAGGAGCCAGGCCGUGGCCAAGGGCCAACUGUUCACGGACCCCAGCUUCCCGGCAGACGACAGCUCGCUCUUCCUGGACCCACCGGCAGAAGCCAGUGGUGUGGUCUGGAAGCGGCCGGGGGAGAUAACCUCAGACCCGCGCCUCUUUGUGGAGGGUGCUUUGGGGAGCGACGUGUCGCACGACAAGCCGACCAACGCCUGGUUUGUCACGGCCUGCACUGCACUGGCCAGUGAAAGGUCGCUCUGGGCGAAGGUGGUGCCGGACCACAAGGAGCAGGAGUGGUCCCAGAAGAGGCCAUACGCGGGCAUCUUCCGCUUUUGCUUCUGGGCCUUUGGCCACUGGACGGACGUGGUGGUGGACGACCGGCUUCCCACCCGCGACGGGCGCCUGCUCGGCUGCCGCUCCCGGGCCAAGGGCGAAUUCUGGGGGCCCCUGCUCGAGAAGGCUUACGCCAAGUACCUGGGCUGCUACGAGCAGCUGGAGGCGUGCAGCCUGUCGGACGCCCUGGUGGACCUGACGGGGGGAGCGGCCGAGAUCCUUGAGCUGUCUGGCUACGCCAGGGACCCCGUGCUGCGGGAUGCCCUGUUCGCCAAGAUGGUGGCCGCGGGAGAGGCUCACUCGCUGCUCUGCUGUGCCAUCUCGGUGGAUCAGCUGGAAGAGAUGGGUGAGCGCACGGAGCGGGGCCUGCUCAAGGGCCACGCCUACGCCGUGACGGGGGCUAGGUCGGUUGAGCUGGGUCGUGGUGGUCUGGCCACGCUGCUCGGAGGCUCCGGGCAGAGGCUGUCCAUGGUGCGGCUAAGGAGUCCCUGGCUGAGCGGCGCCUGGACCGGGCCCUUCGGCCAGGGGCAUGGCCAGUGGUGUUACGGCGAGUCCCAACUCACCCAAAUGUUUUCCAGUUCGGCUGAGUGGUCUCGCACGUCCAGCGCCGACCGGGACAAGCUGGGGCUCGUGCUCAAGGAAGACGGCGACUUCUGGAUGACCCUGGAGGACUUUGUGGGGAGCUUCACGGAUAUGUCCAUCUGCCACCUGGUGCGGAGCGGCUGGUUCCAGCUGGGCCGGACCCUGGUUGAGCAGAGCUUCUUCGGGGAGUGGACCGUGGGCGAGCGGGGCACGCCUCUCGACCGCGCGGGUGGCUGCAUCAACCACCGGGACAGUUUCUUGCGGAACCCGCAGUACCGGCUGGACGUGACGGGGGACGAGGGAAUGCUCCUGGUGUACCUGCUGCAGAGCAACCUGACGGAGCAGGAGGGCCUCGGGGAGAACAUGGUCAUUGGCUUCCACAUCAUGCAGGUGGAGGUGAACCGGCUGUUCCGGGUGCACGUGCUGAAGCCCAAGGCGUGCAGUUCGGAGUAUGUGCGCUCCCGGGGCGUGUUCCUCGAGUGCUCGCUCAAGAGAGGCCGCUACGUGCUCCUGCCCACCACCUUCGAGCCGGGCCUCCCUGGGAGGUUCCUCUUGCGCCUGUUCUCCGAGAGGUCCCUCGACGCUAAGGAGCUGCUGAAGGACGUGCCCAGUGCCAAGCUGCUGCCCUGCCAGAGCACCCCUUGCCUGGCCACCAUUGUCCGCAUCAUCGGAGCCAAGAAUCUCGAGAAGCAGGACCUGUUUGGAACGGCCGACCCGUACUGCGUAGUGAUGUGCGAGGGCCAGUCGGUGCGGUCGGCCAUCUGCCACGAGACCCUGGACCCCGUCUGGAACCUGAGCGCCAUCUUCUACCGCAAGGACAGCUCCUCGGUUAUCAAGAUACAGGUGUGGAGCAGCAACGUGAUGAUGGACACGUACAUGGCCAAGGCGUACGUGGAGGCCCCUCCCCACACGGACCACGUGCUGCGAGAAGUGCCCCUGGUAGGCCACAAGAAGCGGACGGACGACGGGGCCCGGCUGGGCACCAUCACCCUCGAGCUCACCACCACCGACGACCUGCUGGCCGUCUGACGGCCCCACCUUCGGGUCUGCCGUGGGGGCCGCAUUUCUGGAUGUUGUCUGGGGCUUUUACGAGUCCCGAAAGUCGUUGCGUCGUCGCGACUUUCUCCCAACAUCCCUCUCGGUCACCGAAGGACCAUCUCCAGCCGCCGGAUAUUCGAGGCUCUGCGGAACAUCGGCGCCCGAAGUUACGGUUUGAGGCUCUAACGAUAGCGUAGGGUAAAAAAUUUUGUUUUGAGCCGAAAUGUUUUUGGAGCGGCUGUGCCAUUCUGCUUUUGGGUUCCCGAUCGGACGAUGAGGUCGCCAGAGUCC